UUUAAUAAGUUCAUAAUGCAAGUGGCUUUGCUUUUACUGUGCGCAGUUGGCGGAUCUUUCGCGCUGAAUUGCGCUUGUCCAGCGAUCUACAUGCCCGUCUGUGGAUCUGAUGGUAAAACGUACAGCACGAAAUGCCAAUUGGAGUGUUUGUCCAAAGGAUCACCGGAUUCAAACCUGCGCAUCGUCAAAGUAGGAGAAUGCGAAUCGAAGGAAGAGGUGUGUAGAUGCCCGAUGAACUUAGCUCCGAUCUGCGGAAGCAACGGUCAAACCUAUCCGAACAAAUGCGAUUUAGAAUGCGUCCAAAGGAAGACCAGAGAUGCUAACUUGAAGAUAGCCUAUGAAGGAGAAUGCAAGCAACGCGAGGUUAAAGAAGUCCCUUGCAUUUGCAACAGGAUGUUCCAACCCGUCUGCGGAUCUGAUGGAGUUACCUAUGGUAAUCGUUGUGAAUUCGACUGUCACGUGAAGCGUACCAGGAAUACCGACUUGAAGAUUGUCAUGCAAGAUGAGUGCAAUACCGUUUACAGAGCUGGAGAUGAAUGCAACUGCCCGAGGAUUUACAAACCAGUUUGCGCUUCGAAUGGACAAACCUAUUCCAACGAAUGUCAAUGCAAAUGCUUCGCAUCCACCGCCAAAAUCGAUUUGAGGGUCGUCAAAGAGGGAGAAUGUUAAAUUUUAAUUAAUUUUCACUAAUUUCGUAGUAUUGUAAUGUUAUAAAUGUUUCACUUACCUCAGCUGACAUAAUUAUACAGAAUAUAUUACGUCUAGUGUC